AUGGUCGCGUACGGAGGAGGCAAGUCAAUUCAGACGAAGUAUCGGCGCUUGUGCUGGAUAUUGGGACAUCCACGACGCGAGCAGGCCGUGUUUCCGACGACAUUUGGAUACACUACCCACUACUCUGGAGACGAGAACAACAAGGAAGUCAGGAUUCAUCUCGGAGAUGAGGGCGUUAGUCUCUGGCGCGAUGGUAUGGAGGUUGGCAAUCCCCUCCAGAACGGCAUUGUCUACGAUUGGACCCCUGUUCCUGCGAUUAUUAACCAUGCAAUCAACCGUUCGCUGCAUUGUGACCCGGCCGAGCAUCCUGUGCUUAUGACUGAGCCUGCAUGGAACACACAAGCUAACCGUGAACGAAUGGCCGAGAUUCUGUUUGAAGAGUUCCAGGUCCCAGCAUUUUAUAUCGCCAACAAUGGUGUGCUUAGCGCCUUUGCUGCUGGAAAAGGCACGGCGCUCGUUAUUGAUAUCGGAAAGAGUGUCGCGAGCGUUGUCCCCGUCUCGGAUGGCUUUGUACUGAGAAAAGGAAUUGCACAAUCUCCUCUUCCUCCACUUGCACAAACAACCGCGUUCACGAUGCUUUCCAACGGGAACGCAAAUGUUGGAAGACCAGGAGCUUCACUCGUACCUCACCAGCUCAUUGCUUCCAAACAGCCCGUUGAAGUAAACAUGCCCCCCUCCUUUGCACUGCGGCCGGAGCGCCAGCCAGGGACAACCAAAACAUGGCUAUCGUGGGCCGAAAAUCGCGAAGUCGAGGAAUGGAUCAAUGGAUGCGUCGGCGUGUUAGAUCAAGGAUGGAACGAUCAACAUGCUGCGAUGCGUCCUCCGCGACAUUAUGAAUUUCCGACGGGAUUCAGCUCGGUGUUUUCGUCUGAACGCUUCAUACCUGGAGAAGUGUACUUUACGCAUCAUCAUCUUGGAGGCGGACCCCAACUCCCCCCAACUCUCCCCCAACUCAUCCAUGCGUGUCUGAACGCUACAGAGCCAGACCUUCGACCGGCUCUAUUAAACAAUGUCGUCCUUACUGGUGGAAACAGCUUGCUGCCGGGCAUGGCGGAUAGGAUCAAUAACGAGCUGAUGAGGCUAGCCGGUGGCAUUCAGUCUAAACUCAAAAUUCAUGCUCCCGGAAACCCUUCUGAACGAAGGUUCGCACCAUGGCUUGGUGGAAGUAUUCUGGCUAGUCUCGGGACAUUCCACCAGCUAUGGAUCAGCAAGGAAGAGUGGAAGGAACACGGACCGAAUAUCGUUGCGCAACGAUGCAAGUAA